AUGAGCGCAAAUGCAGCAGUGGAUCCAAGGCCACCUCGACAGCCAAAGUUCCCGACGCACAAUUCGCCGCGCGUGUGGUUCCUGACCAGCGCCAAUUCCCCCAUCGGCAUCUCGCUGGCGCGCCAUCUUCUCGAUCACGGAGACUACAUUGUGGCCGGCGUGCCUCCGCUAGAGUUUGAGAAGAACGGCGAGCAAUCGACACACUUUCGCGACUUUCUCGACGAGGUCAAAGAGCAGGAAACAUGGUCAGGUAGACUGAGGGUCGUCGGCGUCGAUGUGCGCAUCAUGGGCCAGUGCCAGAGCGCUAUUGCAGAGGCCGUUCACAGCUUUGGCCGUAUCGACAUUCUAUUCUGCUGUACCUCCGAGACUCUGGUCGGCACCACCGAGGAGCUCUCGCAGACGCCUCGCACCCAUUCGCUCAUCCGCGACCAGUUCGAGACGAACUUCUUCGGGCCUGUCAAUGUCAUCAAGUCUAUUCUGCCCACCUUUCGCACAAAGAGAAACGGCCAUAUCGUUAUGCUGUCCAAUCUCUCGGGCCACAUGGGCACUCCAGGCAUGUCUGUCUAUUGCGCCAGUCAAUGGGCUAUAGAGGGCUAUUGCGACAGUUUGGCCUACGAAGUUGCUCCCUUCAACAUCAAGAUGACCAUUAUACAACCCAACAUGGAGAUUGCUGUCUUGACCAACCGCAUCACUGCUGCUCCUCCCAUGCCUGCCUAUGCUGCCGACAACAAUCCUGCUCCACUGUUCCGCGAUAUGCUUGCAGCUAUGCUCGACCGCCUCGAAGGUUCAGAUGAGCCCACAACUGGUGACCAGCUUCAAUCUGACACCAUCAAUACCAUCUAUGCCCCCCUGACCAAGGGUAUGAAGGAGUCACUGGUAGCCGAGACGGUUCACGCUGUGGCCGCAAUCGGUGGCCAUGACAACCCACCUGCUCGGCACAUUGUCGGUCUUGAAGGCACUGCUACCGUCAAGGAGAAGCUCAAGACUGUCAGUGAGGAGCUAGAAGACUUUGUUGCCAGCAGCGCUGCUGUCGAUAUCGUCAAGAACGAAGAUCCCAACCUGCAGCAGAACCACCACACUUGA